AUGGACACAAAACUUGGAUCUCUUGACACGUGUAAGCCUGCCAGCAACCACGUAGGGUGUCCUCCAAACGGCACCGCAUCGACCAUCCAACACUCUGUUCCGUCGUCGUUGAUUACCUUCUCCGACGCCACCCUAGGCCGCCACCUUGCACGCCGCCUCGUCCAGGUUGGCGUCACCGACGUGUUCUCCGUUCCCGGCGACUUCAACCUCACGCUCCUCGACCACCUCAUCGCCGAGCCGCAGCUCAACGUCAUCGGCUGCUGCAACGAGCUCAACGCCGGGUACGCCGCCGAUGGCUACGCUCGCUCCCGCGGCGUCGGCGCCUGCGUCGUGACGUUCACCGUCGGUGGCCUCAGCUUGAUCAAUGCCGUUGCCGGAGCUUACAGUGAGAACCUGCCGUUGAUCUGCAUCGUUGGUGGUCCCAACUCUAACGACUUUGGCACCAACAGGAUCCUCCACCACACGAUCGGGUUACCCGAUUUCAGCCAAGAACUCAGGUGCUUUCAAACAGUUACUUGCUUCCAGGCUGUGGUGAAUAACUUGGAAGAUGCUCAUGAUAUGAUUGAUACUGCAAUUUCAACCUCACUCAAAGAAAGCAAGCCUGUUUUUAUUAGUAUCAGUUGUAACUUGCCUGCCAUUCCUCACCCCACUUUCACUCGUGACCCUGUUCCGUUUUCUUUAACUCCAAGAUUGAGUAAUAAGAUGGGGUUGGAGGCAGCUGUGGAGGCUGCGGCAGCGUUCUUAAACAAGGCAGUGAAGCCUGUACUCAUUGGUGGUCCUAAACUGAGGGUGGCUAAGGCUUGUGAUGCAUUUGUUGAACUUGCCGAAUCAUGUGGUUAUGCAUUUGCUGUUAUGCCAUCAGCUAAGGGACUAGUUCCUGAGACACACCAACACUUCAUUGGAACUUUCUGGGGUGCUGUCAGUACUGCUUUCUGUGCUGAGAUUGUGGAAUCUGCUGAUGCUUACUUGUUUGCUGGACCCAUUUUCAAUGAUUACAGUUCUGUUGGGUACUCACUUCUUCUCAAGAAAGAGAAGGCUAUCAUUGUGCAACCUGACCGGGUUGUCAUUGGAAAUGGGCCUGCAUUUGGGUGUGUUCUGAUGAAGGAUUUCCUGAAAGCACUUGCAAAGCGUCUCACACACAACAACACUGCAUAUGAAAAUUACUACAGGAUAUUUGUUCCAGAUGGCCAUCCUGUGAAGUCUGAACCUCGAGAACCUUUGAGGGUUAAUGUUCUGUUUCAACAUAUACAAAACUUGCUGUCCGGUGAAACAGCAGUAAUUGCUGAGACAGGGGACUCAUGGUUUAAUUGCCAAAAGCUGAAAUUGCCAAAAGGAUGUGGGUAUGAGUUCCAAAUGCAAUAUGGAUCAAUCGGAUGGUCGGUUGGUGCAACUCUUGGUUAUGCACAGGCUGUCCCUGAGAAGCGAGUGAUUGCUUGCAUUGGUGAUGGAAGCUUUCAGGUGACAGCCCAGGAUGUAUCCACAAUGCUGCGAUGUGGGCAGAAGAGUAUAAUCUUCCUAAUAAACAAUGGUGGAUACACAAUUGAAGUUGAAAUUCAUGAUGGGCCAUACAAUGUGAUUAAGAACUGGAAUUACACUGCCUUGGUUGAUGCAAUCGAUAAUGGUGAAGGAAAAUGCUGGACCACUAAGGUCACAUGUGAAGAGGAGCUUGUUGAAGCAAUUCAGACAGCAACAGGACCUAAGAAGGACUCAUUAUGCUUCAUUGAAGUGAUAGCUCACAAGGAUGACACCAGCAAAGAAUUGCUUGAAUGGGGCUCCAGGGUCUCUUCUGCCAAUAGUCGUCCUCCCAAUCCUCAGUGA